AUGGAUGACAAGAAAAGAAGAAAUGAAGAUAGAAGACUUAAAUUAGAUGUGAUAUAAUCAUAUGGUAGUUUAUGUUCUGCAAAAUUUAAAGAUAGCAUAAGUAUUAUAGAGGAUGAAUAAAGGAGAUUACUCUAUCCAGUUGGUAAAUUUAUAGCUUAGAAAUUUAUUGAUAAGCCAGAUACUCAAUUUAUUCGAUUAUCUGACAAUCUAGAUAUUGUUUCCUGCAUGACUGUUGCUCCAAACAAGAGGACAUUAGCAGUUGCAGAAAAAAUGAAAAAUGAAACAGUUCCUUAGUUAGUAAUAUAUAAUUUGAAAGCCCAUCCCAGUAAAAUGGAAGCUGAGAAGAAACCAUAUAAAUAUUUAGAUACUAAAUCAUCAACAUUCAUUAGUAUGGCAUUUUCACAUACAGAUUCAAGAUUUUUACUUUGUUUAACAGGUCCUCCAGAUUAUUUAUUGAUUUUUGUAGAUUUGAUUAGAAUGAAACAUUUAGCAUUAUCUGCAAUAGGAUAAGAAUUGACUAGAGUUUCAAUAUCUCCAAAAGAUAAUCAUAUGGUGGCUGUAAGUGGAAAAAACUACUUUAAAAUACUAAGAGUUCAAGAAAACUCCUUUAUUUCCUUAACUGAUUAAAUUAAAAGAUUGGCUCCUAUUUAGACAUUUACAGAUCAUGCAUGGUUCGAAGAGAAUAAAGUGAUUUUGGCAAAUGACAAAGCUGAAAUUUUCAUUAUUCACGAUAAUGAUGUUAGACAAUAUAUAAACAAUGCUUUUAAUGAUAUCAGGGGCCCUGGAGUUUCUUCUUUGAUAACAUUUUCGAAAGGAUUUUUGGUUGGAUCAGAUAGUGGUCAUUUUGCACUAUGGAUUAGAGGAGAUGAUCACGAUAAAUAGAAGACAGAAGAUGGUAUUGAGGUUGUAAUGGAUUUACAAUUCUUAAAGAAAUGGAGAUGCGAAAGAAAAAGUUAAGUUGUCAGUAUGGACAUAACGAAAUAAGAAGAUCUAGUUGCGGUAGCAUUCUCAAACAAUGAUAUCUGCACAAUUGAAAUGGGUCAAGUAUUGCCAAACUCAACUGAAAGAGAGGUUAAAUUUGAUUUUUUAUUUAAUGGGUUUCAUAAUGCCCCAAUUACUCAUUUAGAUGUCUGCUUAUAAAGACCCUUAAUAGUAACAGCAAGCAAAUAUGAUAGUACAAUUAGAAUUUGGAAUUAUGCUUAUCCCAGAUGUGAAUUAGCUCGUAAAUUUUAUUUAGGAGAUGAUGGUAAUUAAUAAGGUUUGGGAACAAAGGAGAAUUAAAGUACAACCUAAGACAUUUCGCCUUUAUGUUCAGUAGGUUUUCAUCCCACAGGCUAUUAUUUGGCAGCAGGAUUUUAAGAUAAGUUACGUAUCUUCCAUGUUUUGCAUAGUGAAUUACGUGCUUAUAAAGAAAUGGCAGUGAAGUGUUGCACUUAGGUGAAAUUUAGUCAAGGAGGUCAUAUGUUGGCAGUUGCAUAUCCAAGAGCUAAAAGCAAUCAUUAUUAUAUUAAUAUUUAUGAUGCUUACACGAUGGAAUUCAUGCACACUUUAAAAGGACACAGUAAUCAAAUAACUGAUUUGAUCUGGGGAAUCAAAGAUACCUUUUUGGCCAGUUGUGGCUUAGAUGGUAGUAUAUUCGAAUGGACUCCCAAUGAUUGGUCCAGGAAGGAUUAUGUUUAUAAUACUAAUAAAUAUACAUCUUUGAUUUAUGAUCCACCAAUUGGAAUGUUGAUAGCUGCAGGAACUGAGAGUAUUAAAGAUAAAACAGAGCAAGAUAAGAUUGAUACCAAAUAUAUAGUUAGAGAAUAGAGAAUUGUUUAGAAUGGAAUAAGUACUGGCAAGGAUCAUCACUUCCAUGAUCUUGGUCAAUAAAAAUUGACCUAAUUAGCUUACAUUUAAUCCUUAUAUAAUUAAUUUGGAAUUAUUGGAGGAACAGAAAAUGGCUAAAUCAAAAUAUACUCCUAUAUAUUCAAUCAAAUGGCUUUUGAAACAAUGCCUGUCCAUUAAGGUGAGAUCACUAGAAUUAAAUGCAGUCCAGAUGGAAGAUAUGUGUUCUCAACUGGAUCUGAUGGUGCCCUAUUCAUAUAUUAAGUCUCUGAAAUUUCAAAUGAUGGUUAAAUAUACGCUUCUAAGACUGGGGCUGAAGCCAAAGAGUAGAUGGAUGAUAUUGAUAAAAUUAAUCCUAAGGCUGGUGUUGUAGAUGAAAAUUUAGCUGAUGUUCUAUUAGUUUCAAGAAAUGAGAUCGAAACAUAUAUUGCUGAAAUGAAGAAACUCCAUAAUGAUUUGUAAGAUCUUGAUUAGAAGACUGAUUUCAAAGUAUAGGAAGAAAAAAGAAAAGUUGAGAAGGAGAAAUUAGAAAUUGAAAAGUAAAUGAAUAACGAAAUUGCUGCUUGGGCUGCUCGUUAUGAUUAGUUAAAGGCUUAAAAGUCAUCUGCAGAAAAGGAAUCUGCCAAUUUAUUUAAAAAUGUAGAAAAUAACCAUUUAAAAGCAGUUGAAGAAUUAGAAAAUUUAUAUGAAAGAAAGUUAGCAUUUGAAAAUGAGAAAUAUCUCUAAUUGGAAUAGGAUUUGAUGGAGGAAAGAAGAAGAAAUCAAGCUUAAGCCAAAGAAUUUGAAUAGAAACAUACAUCAUAUAUUGAUGAAUUGAAAGAAAAGUUUUAUAAGAAUUUCUAAAUCACAGCUAAAGCUUUGGAGAAUAAUUAAAAUCAAGCAGAUUAAUUGAAGGCUACAUAUGAAGAGAUUUUAGCGUAAUAAGAAGAAGAUCAUGAAUUUGAAAUUAAAGACUUAAACGAUAGAUAGAAAAAAGAGAUUGAUAGGCUUAAAUGUUUACUUGCUGAAAAAGACUCGAAGUUUAAAUAAGAACAAAAAUUAGUAUAAGAAUUAAGAUUAGAAAAUGAAAAGUUAGACAAAAGAUUGUAAGAGAAAGAGUAGGCUUAUUAGUUAUUAGAAAAGAAUCUUAAGGAAGCUGAAACAAAAAUUGAUGUUUAAUGCAAGGAUUUAGAAGAUAAGGAUGAUUAAUUGAAGAAAAAGGAUAAAAAGAUUUCAGAAUACAAAGAUAAAAUUAAUGUUUUACAAAAAUCUAAACAUGUUCUAUCAUUUAGAACUACAGAAAUGAAGAAAUCACUAGAACCCAAGGAAGCUUAAAUUGAGAAAUUAAAGGAAGAAUUAUUUAGAUUGGAAAGUGAAUUUGCAAAGUAAUUAAAAAUUAAUAGUGAAUUGAACUCUAAAAUCAAUGAAGAAAGCAGUAAAACUAAUGCUCUCACUCAUGAUUUAAAUUUAUAAAUUUAAACUACAAAAAAGAAGGAAAAUAUCAUUUAAAAUAUUACUAGAGACAUUCACAAUUGUGUUCAUUAUAUUGAUGAUAAAGAAUGGAAAAAAGAGAUGACCAAGUUGUAUUAAAGAUAUGUGCUUCAACAAGAAAUUAAGUAAAGUUCCAAUGAUCCUCGUUCUAUUGAGGAAAUGAAUAGACACAUCAAUCAUCUUGAAAAGAGUGCUAUAUAAAUAAAUUCGAGUACAGAAAAAAUGAUGGUUAGAAGAGAAAAAGAAAUCUAUAAAAGAACUAGCGAGAAUUAAUAAUUAAUCCAUGAGUUAAAUGAAAUUAGAAAAUAAUGUAAGGAUUAUGAAACCGAAAAAUCGAAUUUAAAGAUUGAAAAUGACAAAUAUAAAAAAGAAAAUGAAAAGUUCAAAUAGGAAAUUAAAGUAUUACAAACUAAGCUUGGCAGAAACAUUGGAGAAUAAAAUGUGGAAAUGAUGAACGAAGAUGUAAUGCAAUAAUCUUAGUAACCCAUACUACCUUCAGCUUUGAAUAUUAAUAAAUAAGGCAGUGCCUAGGCUAGACUAUAAUCAUUGCCUCAAAAGAGUAAUAAAGUUGGUAAGAUCUUGAGAGGUCCCAAUUUUGAUAAAUAGAAGUUACAACCAUUUGAAUUCCAAAAGAAUGUCGAAUUAUAGAAUUAGUUGCAAAUCGCCAUCAAUCAAUUACAAGCCAAUGAAGCAAUGAUUAAAAACUUCAGAAAGAUUCUUAAGGAAAAAGGAAUUGAAGAUCCUUAUGCAGAUGCCGAACAAGAAUAAAGCUAAUUUGGAAGACCUUUAAGCUCUAUUUUUGGUAGUAGAGUUUGA